AUUCUAUUCCGCCGGUUCGGGACACCAUUCUUUGAUUUCCAAAGACCCAGGGGCGAGUGGGAACAGCAGCAGGUACUGUACAUGCCAGACCCCUGCCCGAAGAAAAGAAAUAGAGAUUCUCGAGCAGAUCGGGUACCUCGACUGAAGAGGAGCUAAGGUGCCUCCGUAUGCAAGCUGCAGCAGAAAUGUUGGACCAACGCCUGUCAGAGCGCACCGGAGCUCCAGAAACACAAAACAUCAGAGGAAAAUGGGAAAACAUUAAAAAAAGAUUCAGAGCCCUGUCGCUGCAACUUCAGCCCACCUGCACACAGUUUGCUUCAAUGCACCGCGCAGAGGUGCGGGAUUCACGGCCCUUGGCAAGUGGGUGACAAAAUCGAUUUCCGCUCGACACAUCCGACAAGCAGUUCCACCGCUAUUAUCAGUAAGAUUAUUAUCUUCUAAACAGAGUGGAUUUCUCUACGUGUAUAAGAAGGACUCUGAUACUAAAGGGAUAGUAG